AUGGAUUCAGACGAUAUAGCUGAAAUAUUUAACAGUUUUAUGAGCUCAAACAUUGUAAAAAACUUAGCUGAGCAUAUUUUCCGAAGAUCGUUAGGUUCAGAAAUUAGUUAUGAUAACCCUUACCACCCGGAAGAUAAAUUCGUGACAGGUGAAAUCGCUGAAAAUCGCAAACAAAAAACUACAUUUCAGAGUUUGUCUAAAGACGCUUUGGAUACAGAAAAUGAAAAAUUUGCUGAUGGCCAUAUCAGUGAAGACAUACUUACAGAUAAUGGAGUAGAUGGUUCUGAAGUACGACAAUUGUAUAACAAUAAUAAGCAAAACUUGAUCGAAACACGAAUAAAUAAUUUAAAACUGAACUCUGAAAACAAAAAUGAAAACCAAACAAUGAUUUACGAUACUGCUAAAAUGUCUACAAAAAAUUAUAGAGCAGUUCUUAAGCCAAUAAUUAGAAGAUUUAUUGUUAAAAGAAGGAAUGCUAAUGGCUGA